CGGAAGCACUCGUCACCUCCAAAGAUUGAGCAGCAAGAAAGACCAAGAUGAGAUGAUGAGAUGAUGCGUAAUGAGGCACCUUCCGAUGGCAACACUAAUAAGGACACCUUGGCCAUCUUGACUCUUCGAAAGCAUCAAGAUGGAAUCUGGAUCCAUCGACUGGUGGAAGCUCUGCAGAAGCAGCAACAGCAGAAGAAAGAUCCAGACGGUCUUCCUGAGAUCCUCAUCCAAGUGGUUGUCUUGGAAGAUUUCUUGCAAGGACCCUUUUGUGUUUCCUCUCCUCCUCCAGAAAUAAUAAUCGACAAGGACCAUCUACAGGUUACAGCUGGCACUCAUUGGAUGGGAUUGGUCAAUCGAGUAUCGGACGCCGCCGAACCUUGGCAGGUCAAAGCUUGCAUGGCAGUGAUGCAGAUUGCCAGACUGGUUUGGAAGAUUCCCAUUUGGAAUGGACCCGAUGCCUACAGUCUGUGUACUCACAAGUGGUGUCAUCACGUAUUGUUCGCACAAGCCAACUUGGAUUCCCCACACACAGUGGCAGCGCUUCAAACGAGCAGUUGUGCCAAUGAUGACGACGGGGAUACUAUCAACGAGGCCAAAGACGACCAACUGAAAGCAAUAUCCUCAUCUCGCCACGACAAUCCACAACUAGAAGUCAAUGCGGUAAACAUGCUAUAUCAGCUGUCUAUAGAGCCAGGUGAUCAGGAAACCAAACCAGCAACAACUCCAGCCAUGCUCAACUAUCUCAUCAAACCGAAUGCCGGCGGGUUUGGAGCAGGUAUUGAACGUCGACAAGUCAAGAUGAUGGAUGAACAGAAUCAUGCCGGUGAUCCAAGAAAUCACACUCCUACAUCAUCAACAAUAGCAACGGUACAGGAGAGACCAAUCCCAAACUAUUCGGAUCGCUUUGUGCUGUUUCAAAACUAUGUCCAGCCCAAGGAUGGAAAGAUCUUUCGCGUUUGGUUCCUCAUGGGAAAAGUACAAUGUGCCGUGGAACGGACUGUCGAAAUACCACCACUACUCGAGGCAUCAACAACAACAACCACCACCACAUCCACAGAAGAAUUCACAUCGGGCUGUGUUGGAGGGGUUUGCCAACGUCAGCCUAAAAACGCGCGUCCUAUGAUACAGCCGUGGUCGGUUCCAGAGGAUGUACGGCGGGAAAUGGAAGAGCAACUGCUCCCAGUCUUGCCACCGGAUGCUCAUUGUGGUAGUGUCGAGUUCUUGUUGGCGGAGGAACCAUCCAAGAGUGAAGAGACUACCAAUAAGCUAGUAACAACCUACAAGAGAUUGUACUUUGACUUGAAUUUGCUAUCCACACUGCCAGUGGAAGAAGACCAACAAACUCCUGAUCCUUGGCUGCAACUGGCAAGUGCUAUUUGGACCUUUGUGAGGCAAUAAUAACAGUGCGUUAAGGAAAUAGUGGUCAAAGACGAAACUGUGGAAAGCAAGUAUAGAUAGAUGACGAAUUGAAAGCAGAAUGCGCCUCAAAUUGACUGGCUAGGGCGAAGUGUGAGAAUGCAAAACGGCGCGGUCAAAAAUAAAAGCCAGAAGUAAACCACAUUAUUGUUGAUCAACCCAAUGUCGUAGUAUUUGGUCAAUGGCUAACAGCGCGCUCUGCCCACGCUCUCUUCGCUUCCACGGUC